GCCAUGUACAUAUAUGAAUAUGAUAGCGGCUUUUGUGGUCGUGAGUUGAAUGGGUUGAGCCUCAACUUGGAUUAGGUUUUGGAAAAGUUAAAAGCACGUGGCGAUUGUCUAAUGAGCUCAUCUGUCUUUCGAUCCACAUUAACCAUAAAACCUAACCAGUCCCUCACUGUUUGUGUGUCUCAAAACUGUCUAGUCUGCAUUAAUGGAUAUGAGCAAGGCUGAAGUAGACCACGAAUUCCUUCCCUUUCUUCGUGUUUACAAAGAUGGGCACGUCGAAAGGCUUCUAGGCACCGAUUCAGUCCCUGCUUCCCUGGAUUCCGAGACCGGUGUUUCUUCUAAAGAUGUUCUGAUCGUACCAGAUUCUGGCGUCUCCGCGCGCCUAUACCUACCGAAGCUCGCCGAUGCUAAUCAAAAGCUCCCCAUCCUCGUAUACUUCCAUGGAGGUGGUUUUAUCAUUGGGCAUCCUUCUACUCCCAUGUACCAUCACCAUCUCAAUUUACUAGUUGCGGAGGCCAACAUCGUUGCUGUGUCGGUGGCCUAUAGACUAGCGCCAGAGAACCCCAUCCCUGCUGCCUACGACGACUCAUGGGCUGCGCUUCAGUGGGUUGCUUCUCACUCUAAGGGGGAGGGUCCUGAGUCUUGGUUGACUGAGCAUGCCGACUUUGGCCGUGUCUUCUUGGCUGGGGAGAGCUCGGGGGCCAAUAUUGCCCAUCACAUGGCAAUGAGGGCCGGAGACCCCAAUUCUGGCGGCCUUGGUAUGGAAAUUCUUGGGAUUGCACUGGUCCAUCCUCACUUCUGGGGGGCGACACCGAUAGGGUCUGAGGCAAUGGCCCCUGUCAAGGCGUUGUUUGACCGUUUAUGGCCUUAUGUGUGCCCAUCACAGCCCGAUAACGAUGACCCACAGAUCAAUCCGUUGGCAGCCAAUGCUCCAAGUUUGUUGGGUCUUGGGUGCACAAGAGUUAUUGUGUUUGUUGCAGGGAAGGACGCUUUGAGAGAUAGAGGGUGGCUUUACUAUGAAUCGUUGGCCAGGAGCGGGUGGAUAGGAGUUGUGGAGUUUGCAGAGACAGAAGGAGAAGAGCAUGGGUUCCAUCUCUACAACCCAAAUACUGAGACAGCUAGGGAAUUGCUUAAACGCUUGGCUUUCUUCUUGAACAGGGAGAGGCCUCCUCUAGUCUAGACUCCAGUGUGAUUUGUAAACGCCUGGCUUUCUUCUUAAAAUAUAUCAUGUUGUUUGCACUUUGAUAAUCUAUGUUUGUAUUGAACUAUCUUUGGCUUAA